CAUUUAUCCUGGACAAAGAGCUGAUAUGUGUAAAGAAUGUGGCAAAGCAUUUUGGAUUACCUCAACCCUUACUAAUCAUCACAGAAUUCACACUGGACAGAAGCCUGACAAAUGUAGAGGAUGUGCUAAAAUUUUUAGCUAGUCCUCAAAUUUUAAUGAAUAUCAGAAAACUCACAUGAGAGAAAUUCUUCAAAAGUAGUGAAGGUGGCAGUGUCUUUACCAAGUUCUAUAAUCUUGCUCAUCAUGACAGAUUUCGUACUGGUGAAAAGCCUUAUAUGUGUAGAGAAUGUGGGAAAGCCUUUAGGUGGUCCUCACAACUUAAACAACAUCAGAGAAUUCAUUCUGGAGAGAAGCCAUAUAAAUGUACACAAUGUGGCAAAACAUUUACACACUCUUCAACCCUUACUUGCCACCAGAGAGUUCAUACUGGAGAGAAACCUUUUGAAUGUACUCAAUGUCGGAAAGCCUUUAGCUGGUCCUCAUGCCUUACUAAGCACCAAAAAGUUCAUACUGGAGAGAAGCCUUAUAAAUGUAUGCAGUGUGGCAAGGCCUUUAGCCAGAACUCAAACCUGACUCAACAUCAGAAAAUGCAUACUGGAGAGAAGCCUUAUAAAUGUACACAAUGUGGCAAAACCUUUAGCUGGACUUCAGCACUUACUCAACAUCAGAAAAUUCAUACUAGAUAAAAGCCUUAUAUGUGUGAAAUAUGUGU